ACUUCCGGCGGUGACAGGCCGGCGGCCGUUUGUUUGUUAUUCUCUCCCAGCCCGGCGGGCGGUUGGUCGGAGCCGGACGCUGUCCCUCGCGAGACCUGCGUUCGGCCCCGGGGGUCGGGGUAAGACGGAGGUAGGCCCCGCGGCGCCCCAGCAUGCGCCUCGCGCGGGAGGGCGGGUCCUGGCGCAUGCGCACCGCGCGCCGUCCCAAGGUGACUGCGGCUCCGCGCCGGUAAAACAUCGGUGCCGACAUGAUCCUGCAUCAGAUCCUGCGACUUUCUUCUCUUUUUCGCUCCGCUGUCUCCGUUCACUUGCGGAGAAACAUCGGUUUCUCUGCCAUUGCCUUUAAUAAGGCAAAAGAGCUUGAUCCGGUUCAGAAGCUCUUCCUGGACAAGAUCAGGGAGUACGACACAAAAAGCAAGCAAGCUGGAGGGCCUGUUGAUGUAGGCCCUGAGUUUCAGAAAGACAUGAAUGAAUCGCUCGCUAGACUUCAGCGGAUGUAUGGAGAGGGAGAUCUAACCAAGUUUCCAGAAUUUAAAUUUGAGGGUGAGUUAACAACGCCCCUGAACUUCUGAUUGGAAGCAAGGACACGCUCACCAACUGGCCUUUGUAGUUAAUCCCCUUUUAUUUUUCAUUGGAACCAUUCGUUUCAUGUAAGAUGCCCUCAGUGAGUAACCUUACUUUUCCAGUGAAGAUGUGUACUUAACUUACGUUGACAUUUGAACAGACUUGCAGUCAGAGUAGGCUAUCUUAACAACCUUAAUUAAUUAAUAGUUUCACAGACCCUAAGAAAAGUGCAAAAUGGCCUGUUUUAUUAAUUUUUCUCAUGUUCCCAGAGAGGUCAGCACUGUGUAUAUCCGGUGUGUGUAUAUUGUGUGUAACCAGUGUGCAUCGUCCAAGCUGCAGUUUAUAUACAAACUCAUCUGGAAAGUCAGUGAUUUCAGAAGAUGAACAUGGAGCUUAUUAAUGAUUACAUCAUGACUAAAUUAUACUAAAACUUUUUCUCCAGUUAUUUGGAGAUGAUUUGUGUUUAGCUGCUCUCGGUUUGUAUUGCAAUGUUUUUUAUAUUACCUAGACUGAGUAUGAGAAGAAUGCUUGGCUCGAUUGAUUCAUGUGGAAUGCAAAGGGACUGCACCAACUCUAUCUUCCAUAGGACAUAAGGGCAAACUUAACUUUUGUUAAUGACAGGCUCAUCUAGUUGUUUCUCUUGCUUCCUUAAACAAGUACAUCUCAAAGUCUCCAUUGUUUACGAGCAGCUUUAUCUAAAGUCAGGUUGAGGUAGUAAAUUGUCUUUCUCCUAAGCUGGAAGCAGCUGGUAGCUGGGACUCAGCAAUGACUUGAGUUAUAUGGCAAGGUUUUGGUAGCAGAAGCACUGCUGGGAUGGCAGUGGCAAUAAACAGUAAAAAAAACUUUCACAGCUGCACCAGCUGUGAAAGGAGUGAGGGGAAAAGGUGUGAGAGAAAGCAAUUCUGCUGACACCAAGGUCAGUGAAGAAAGAGAGAGAUGCAGAUUAAUUGGAAACAAAGGAGAGACACUGAGUCUGGGAAGACAAGAUCUCUGGGGAAGGUGUUCUUGUUUUGUUGUUCGUUCAUCAAUACUCAAAUUUUCAUUGGCAGUAAAUUAAUCUUCCACAAGUUGAGUCUGUUUUGCAUGGGGUAGUAAUUCAUAAGCAGUUUUCUCUUUGACUUGAUCUGUGAGCUUUUAAAUAUGAUUUUCUCCUCUUCUGUUGGGGAGGAAGGGAGUAAGCAGUUUGGUGGGCAUCUGCCAGCCAGCCACAGUUUAUCCACCACAGUCAGUGUUGUCAUUCUGGUCAGGCUAACUAGAAAUGCAGUUUAGACCAGGAACUCACCUCAAAUAUUUUGGUUGUAUUUCAGUUGGAUUAAGGAAGGAUUUGGCCUCAAAUUCUUACUGGCAGAAAUAAAAUGAAGCAUCUCUAUAGGAGGAUUUACGGUGGCUCGGGGGCAUGGUUUAUUUAUAUUCAGUUUUAUUUCUAUGCAAUAUGUCAAACAAUAGUACUAAAGUUUAGGGUUUUUUUGCAUUGAAACAAUUUGUGUGACAACAGGACCAGAACAGACACAUGGGUGGGCACCAUUUUACCCUGGUGCUUUUACUACUGUUGCCUAUCCUUAAUCUAGGUUCAACAGGUUUUCAGAACUGUGGCUAGAUUCUUCAUACUUCUGUCUAAGUGAAGAUUCCUAUGAACUGAGUCUUAACUUUCAGACUUCUUGUAUCAAAGAGAACAAGCAUUACUAGCUCACCAGUCAAAAGCCCCAGCUCUUCUGAGUUUGUACUUCUGACAUCAGGAAUUCAUUCCUCAUGGUUUCUACAGUGUGGAAAUCAUCUUUUGCUGUGUGUAGUUGAAAAUGUGCACUCCAUUCACUUAAUCAGCUAUGUGAUGCUAAUGAGCAGGAAAGAAGAGCUUGAUUACUAGUUCUUGCAUGAAAGCUAAGUUGCAAAUACUGGCCAGCACAUACUAAUAUUCUGACUGAAUUUUUCAGUUUCUCAACUGCCUUUUCUACCACCUCAGGUGUUGACAAAAGGCAUCGCGGUAGAAUGCUACCAAGGGCCGUGUCUGUCUUAAAGCUAAUUAUACAGAACUCCAAGGUGGAUAAGACCUGUUUCAAAGUGUAUUCGAUGCUUUAAUGGUGCUGUGGUGGUGUAACAACCAAUGGGCAGCUCAGCACCACCACACUGCUCUUGCACUCACCCUCCUCAAAAGGAUGGGACAAAAAUAUGAUUGUGGGGAGGGGAGCUUGAGCGUUGAGAUAAGAACAAGGGAGAUCACUCACCAAUUAUAAUCGGUGCAUGUGCAAAAACAGACUGUAAUUUAUUGUCAGUUACUAGCAGACUAGAGCAGUGAGAACUAAAAGCCAACUAAAAACACCUUUCCCAGUCCAUCCUUUUCUACCUCCUCCCCUCAAGCAGCACAAAUGAACAGGGAAUGAGGACUGUGGUCAGUCCAUAAUGUUUCAUCUCUGCUGCUGGUCACUCUGCCCCUGUUCUACAUGGGUCCUUCACACGGGAUGCUGUCCUUCCCAAAGUGAUCCUGCAUGGGCUUCCCUCAGGCUGCAGUUCUCCAAGUGCUGCUCCUACACAGUUCUGUACCACAGGGCCUGCCCUUCAGGACCACACUGUUCCACACGGAUCCCCACAGGUGGCAGCUCCCCCAGUCCUGCUCCACUGUGGGCUCCUCUCUAGGGGCUGCUGCUCUUGUGGGAGCUCUCCAUGGACUGUUCCUCCUCCAGGCCUCAUCAGCUGCUGCACUGUGGGCCCCUCCAUGGCUGCAGAUGGAGAUCUGCUGCAAAUGGUACCCAUGGACCGCAGAGGGACAUCCUGCUCCACCAUGGGCCUCUCCUGAGCUGUAGGGAGCUUCUACUGUAUGCCUGGAGUGCCUCCCAGCCCUCCUUCUGCACUGACCUUGGUGCCUGCAGGGUGGUUUCUCUCUCAUGUCUCACUCUUCUCUCCCAGCUGCUGUUGCACAGCAGUUUUUCCCUUUUUUAAAUCUGCUCUCCCAGAGGCACACCCAGUGUCAUUCAUGGGUUAGCUCUGGUCAGCAGUGGGUCCCUUUCAGAGCUGGCUCUUACCUAUGUUUGGGCUCUUCUCAGAGCUGCCACACCUGUAGCCCCCACUGCUACUAAAACUAAAGCUACUGAAUGGAAUCAUUGAAUGGCCUGGGUUGAAAAGGACCUCAAAGAUCACCCAGUUUCAACCCUGCUGCCUUGGGCAAGGUUGCCAGCCACUAGACCAGGCUGCCCAGAGCCACAUCCAGCCCGGCCUUGAAUGCCUCCAGGGACGGGGCAUCCACAGCCUCCUUGGGCAACCUGUUCCAGUGUGUCACCA